AUGUUUCCACCAUUAUUUGAAUUAAUUGAUUGUCAUGAUCUGUACAAUUUACUCAAUGCUGAAAUCAAUGGAUUAGCACGUAUUAGUGAUCGAAAUUAUCUUUAUUUAAUAGAUUGUCGAUCUAAAAAAGAUUAUAAUGAAAGUCAUCUAAUAACUGCAGAACAUCUGAAACGGAAUUCCAAAGGAGAAUAUCAAUUACCAUACAAUCUAAGUUUAGAAACACGUGAACAUAUUGUUAUUUAUGAUAGUCGAUCAAAAACAUUACCUUUAUCCGAACAAGAUGAUAUUUACACUUGUGCUAAUCUUCUGAGUAAAUAUGCUGGUGGAUUAAUAACAAUCAAGAUAAUCAAUGGUGGUUAUGAAUUAUUUUCGAAAUUUUAUCCAUUUUUGCGAACACAACGAAUAUUUUAUUCGCCAAAAGAAUUCGAAUUAAUCGAAACAUAUCCCAACGAAAUUUGUCCACAAUUAAUCUACUUGGGUCGUCGUGCACACGCACUCAAUUCUCAAAUAAUCAAAGAUUUAAAAAUUCGUUCUUAUGUCAAUUGUACCAAACAUAAUGAUUUUCUAAUACAACGAACAAAUUCACUUGAAUAUUAUCAAAUUGCAAUUGAUGAUAAUCCAAAUGUAUUAAAUCUUUCGGAACUUUUUCAUGAUGCUGUUAGUUUUUUAGCGAUUGCUUAUAAUCGAAAAGAUCCCGUACUGAUCUAUUCUGAUCAUGGAAUUAGUCGAUCAGCAGCAAUUGCAAUUGCAUUUAUUUCAUUUCAUAUGCGAUUCAAUUCACAAGAAGCAUUGGAAUAUGUUGAAAAGCGUCGAAAUGUUCGUCCACAAGAAAUAUUUCUCAAAUGUGUUGAUGAAUUAAAUGACAAAUUUGACAAAUUAAAAGAAAAUCUUCCAGAAAGACUCAUCGAGUCGAAAGAUGAGAAUUUCGAGAAGAGGAAUUCUCCAAUUCCUUUCUCAUCGAGUGAAAAUCUAAAACGUUAUAAAAUCUAUAUGGAAAUUCUUGGUAUUCCUUCAUAUCAAUUAACAAUAUCUUCUCCAGCAAAUAAUUCAAUUGAAAAAGAAGAAAGUGAAAAUAUUCUGGAAGAAAUUUCAAUAAAAAAACACGGACAAGAAUGGUUACAAAUUCGACGAAAUGAUUUAAUUUAUGAAGAUCAUUUGAAUUCAUCAUUUAUGAAAAUGAUUGAACAAGAAAAUUUUACAUACGAAAAAUUAAUUGAAACUUGUCAAAUCUAUGAAUCAAAUGAAGAUAUUCAAAUUCAUCAAGAAAAAUCCGAUGAAAAUUUUGAAUUUUUUAUGAAAAAAAAUCUCUCAUCAGAUGAUGCACAUGCAAUUGCAUUUGCUCUUGCAUUUUAUACAGGUUCGAAAUCCAAUGGAAUUAUUAAACGGAAUGGAAGUCUCGUUGCACGAACAAGUAAUGGAGAAAUCUUUCGAAAUAUCAAUGAAGACAAUUGGAAAAAUAAAGUUAUUAUUCUUUAUUAUUUAAUUAAAGGUUUAGCAAAUAUUCCUUAUUAUUGGGGAAUAUCAACACGAUCGAUACAUUUGUCCGAUGAUGCAUUGAAAUUUUAUAAAAUUGGUUCAUUGAUAACUUGGCUUCAAUUUAGUUCAUCAAGAAAAGGUUAUGAACCAUGGAAAUAUUUUGCAAAUCGAAAUACUUAUUUUAUUAUUUAUUCAUUAACUGGUCGAUGUAUUAAACAAUUUUCAAUAUUUCCCGAAGAAGAUGAAAUUUUGUUUUUACCACAUUCGAUAUUUCUUGUCUUGAAACAUGAAAUCAAAGAAAAUCGACAUUUGAUUUAUUUAAGACAAGUUGAACUUGGAUUCUGUGAACGAUCAAUUCUAUGGGUUGAUGAUCAUAUUUUUGAUUCGGAAUGGGAAAAUAAAUCACAUAUGGAACGCGCAUCAACUCGUUCAUUAAAUUUAAAUGUUCAUUUUAUACCAAAAUCGUCAAGUGAAAAUGCACUUUCAUUUCUUCGUUCGUCAUAUGGACGACGUUUAAAAAAUCGUUCGAAAUUUCGUAUUGUUACGGAUAUGAGACGAGAUAAUGAAUCAAAUCCUGAAUUAGCAGGAAUUGAAUUUAUCAAACAAGUACGAAAAUUAGAUUUUCAAAAUCAAUGUUUAAUAUUUACUUAUCAGAAAAAAUAUGGAUUAGAAAAAAUCGAAAAUCAUUUAACAAAUAAUGAAAAGAAAUCGGUUUUUGUUGCGGAUGAUAAAGAAAGUUUAGAUCGAUUUGUUGGAUUUGAAUAA